CGUCGCACCUACGCUCCGCGGCGUUGCUAAGAAACAGUGACGCUCCCUAGCAACGGGAGUACGCUGAAACAACAGGCAAGGUUUUAUACAUCUUUUACAUGAAAGGAAAAGAAUCUCCAUUGAGAGCCUCAGACUUCAUCCUCCUCCUCCUCCAGAUGGAUGAGACAGUGAAACCUCUGAGGAUUCCUCCUCAGAUCUCCAUUUACUCUGACAAACACAACAUCUUCCACCUGGUGCAGAGCAUGGUGUCCAGCCUGGUGAUUGAUCAGCCUGAUGAUCCCAUCUCCUACCUGAUCAGCUGGCUGCAGAGGAGCAGUGUAGACAUUCCCAGGGUCCUGCUGCUCGGCCCUCCUGCUGCUGGGAAACGCACCGUGGCCAAAAAGCUGAGUGCUGAGCUGAAGGCUGUUCAUGUGACCAUAGACAGUUUACUGCAGAACCAUCACACACACACCCAGCAGGUACAAGCACACACACUGCACAUGUUCAGGUCCAGAGAAAGAACCAGAAGGUACGGUAACUGGGCCAGGAAAAUACGGAGCAGAGAUGGGGACUGUGAUGGGCAGUGGGCAUCAUGUGACCCUUUGCUGUUGUGUUUGUGUGUUCAGGAGUUUCCUGAUAAGCUACUGCUCAAACUGGUUCAACAGAGGCUGAAUGAGGCUGACUGCUUCAAUAGGGGCUGGGUGUUGGAGGGAAUCCCUCAGACUCGUCUGCAGGCUCUGAGUCUUCAGCAGGGUGGAGUCAUCCCUGAACAUGUUGUGAUGCUGGAGGCUCCUGAUGACGUGCUGUUGGAGAGGAGUCGGGGCAAACUGGUCGACCCACUGACGGGAGACGUGUACCAUCAGACCUUCAUUUGGCCCGAUGAUGACAUCGUCACUCAGCGUCUGGAGAAGGAGCAGGACCCGCCACAAAAGCAGCGAUUGGCUGAACUGCAGCGUUAUCGCUGUGAGGUCACAGGACUGAGUUUAGCCUAUCAACACAUCCUGAAGAUCAUCAAUGGUGACCAACCACAUGCUGAUGUCUACGGACAGGUGCUGGCUUUUGUCCGGACUCGUCAUCGUGCCAGAACUCCCAGAAUCCUCCUGCUGGGACCACCUGGCUCAGGGAAGAGUCACCAGGCCAGGCUGCUGUCAGAGAAAUACAAGAUGGCGGACGUGUGUUGUGGUCAGCUGCUGAGGUCUGUAGCAGCUGAAGGGUCGAGUCUGGGAGAAGAGAUCCAGCCCUACCUGGACAACGGACGACUAGUUCCAGACAGCCUGGUGCUGCAGGUUCUGGAGCAGCGUCUGAGCCAAGUGGACUGCAGCUGCAGAGGCUGGAUCCUGCACGGCUUCCCCUGCAACCUGCAGCAAGCCAAGGACCUGCAGGAGUCCCAGCACCAGCCCAACAGAAUCUUCUUCCUGGAGCUGACUGAUGACGUUUGUCUGGAGAGAAUCACUCUGAGAGCUACAGAUCCCAUCAGCGGACAGAAGUUUCACGCUGUGACUCGACCGGCUCCGAGCUCUUGGGUCCAGAACAGACUGCAGACCAGACCAGAGGACUGCACCGACACUGUGACCUGCUCUCUGGGCCAGUACAGGACCUGCUCUGCUGCCCUGCAGGCUGUGUUCCCAGAUUCAUUUCACAUCAACGCUGAUCAGGACCCUCACUCUGUGUUUGAGGCUUUGGAGAGCAGACUGACCACUGACUGACCGGAGGACGCACCUGAACACACCUGGGCUGAGAACACACUGUCACCCCUCUAUGCCUUCUCAGCUGUUUGUUCUAAAAUGUUUUUCGUUUGAUCUGUUUGCUCUCUCAUGUAGCGUCACACAGUGGAUGCAGCACAUCCACAGAAAUCCUCUUUAUGUUCUUCCACACAUUCCCCUUUCCUGCCGUAACCUUCUGUGGUCACUUUAUUAGGAACACCUAAGUCAGUCUAAUCCAACCGUCCUGCAGUACCUCCUCUCUUGAUGAAGGUUAUAAUGUUCAGUUUGUGUUCACAUUGUUCCAGAGAGGUGCUGAUUCACCUGUGUGUUGUGCUGUGCUGGUUCUGGUGUUUAGCCUCAUGGAGUGGAGAAAAUAAUAAAGUAAUAAAACGGUUUGGACACAAAGUGAACAUGAUCACCUUCAUGAAGCAGGAUGUACUGCCUCUCUGCUGUGUUCAUUCUCCAGGUCAAGGUCUUGGUUCAGACAGUGAGGCCGGGGAAGGUGGAGGGUGCUGUGGGGGUCAGGGGUGCUGUUCAUGAUCACUGUGCAGCAGUGUGUGGGCAGCAUGUGUCUGAAAACCUGUUUUGUUCCCCCUUUUUUAUGGAAACAUAACAUCUGACCCUAAAACACACUCUGAUUCAAAAAGAGCUUUUUGUCGUGUGUGUGUGAUGAGACGCAGCACUGUCGCCUCAGGCAAACAUCAGCACUCACCCUGCUGAUGUCGCAGGGUUCAGCUGCUUGCAGCCUUUUCACACAGACACCACAUUAAAGACAUAAUGCUGAAACAUUUGUGACAGGCGUCAGUUUCACAGUCGAGGAUGAUCCGAACGUGAAGUCUUAUUAUUUUUAAAGUCCCACAUUUUCAGACAAGAAUAAGACACUGAUGUGUUUGGAGACGGAUGUCCUGUUUGACAGUCCCAACAUGAAGGAGCCGUGGCUCUUGUUGCUUUAUAUGAUACACAUGUUUAAAAUAAAGCCUGCACAGCCCCAGUUGCCUUGUCUGACUGUGUCUGACUGAUGUUUCCACUGUGCCAGAAAGCUAUGGACCGGCCUGGGCCAGACUACAGUGCAUGACACUAGUGUCACUGUGUCAGAUUACAGGACCAUGGACUCGUGCACGGAGAGAGGUGCCAGGGCCUGGGAACAUGAAUGUCAGCACAUGCCAGCAUCUGCAGCUGUGUGCACAAUACUCAUUGUCAUGUGUUCAGACAAGCAUAAACACCUUAAAAAACGACUGAGGACAUGUCUGUGCGCCGCACAAAGGGGGCGACGUGGGCUGUCUCUCCUUCACAGAGAAGAGAUGCAGUGACAUUAGGUACAGAGGUACCAGAGGGUUUAGACCUGGUCCAAAAAGGACACUGAGCUCAGUCAGACCCAGUCCAAUGAUCAUAAAACCUAAGAGAGACAAGCAGAAAGUUUAAAUUGGUUUAAAAGAGUCCUGAGACCAGUAAGAAGACCCAGUGCAACAGUCCAGUGGAGACCUUAGCUCUGGACCCAGUCCAGCCACACCAGACCAAUAAAGUGAAUUUAAGUGGCCUGGCCCAACUCAGGUCCUGGAUCAGAUCUUGGUUACUAGGACCUGACUGGACAUGUGAAGACCUCUACUCUAGAGUUAUUUCUGAACAACUGGGACCAGCAGAGUGAGGCCCUCAGACAACCAGGAAGUGGUGCCUGUUGACCUUCAAAACCUUGCUCAGAGGAGAAGAUGAACCAGACCAGUAGAGUCCACCCUCAGGAGAAGAUGAACCAGACCGGUAGAGUCCACCUUCGGGAGAAGAUGAACCGGACCAGUAGAGUCUACCCUCGGGAGAAAAUGAACCAGACCAGCAGAGUCCACCCUGGGGCCCUCAGACUCUGCAGGAGUUGAGGAGGAACUGUCCAUCAGCAGCUAUCACGUGUCAUUCCCUUCUUGCUCCACUUCCUGGUGUCGACAGGAAGACUUAAAAUAGAGCUGUCGAUCAGAGCGGCAGCCUGGCACCGCUGGGACCAGAAUCAGCGCUCAGGAGGAUUAAUUAUAGUCAUUUACCAAAAUCCUCACUUUGAAACGUCUGUGUGAUUGAGCUGUUGGUGGAAAUGACGGCUGAAGAGUUUUGAAGCAUUUGAACAUGAGGGUUUGAAGUAAACACUGCGUCCUAAAUGGUGAUAACUGCUUUUAGAUCAGAGGAGCCGCUGAGACGCCUGACAGCGAAACAUCAGCUGCUGCCACUCACACGGCCCGCAUUCACUUCGUUAGGCUGUUGUUAAUAAAAUCACCGAAAACACUUUUGCUUCUUAUGUCUGUAUGACUGUCCGUCAUUUGUCUGUGUAACAACAGCGCAGUUUCCACCAGGUUACAUCAGAAAUGCCUCAGCAUGAAGACUCAGGGACGGAAGAGGCAGCGCAGCAUGUCUCCAGGUUCAUCUGUGUUCUGAUUCAGUGUUGGACCGAGGGCUCAUCGCUGGCUCGGAUUUAUCGUUAGAGGACAAAAAUACAGAGACCAACUUCCCUGAAAUCAGUAAUAUAUACAUUUCAUCAAAAACUGAAAUAUGAGAACAGUGGUUGACACUCCUGCGAUGGAUUGGCGACCU